AGUCGGCGAACAUGGCGACGUCCAUUGUCAAUGAAAAUGUUCGGUGGGUGAGCUUAAUGUGUUGUUCAAUUGCUGCUAUUGUAGUUCUUAUUUUACUGCGUCUUUAUUUUACGUUGAAAAAUGUCGGCAAAUGCAGUCUGCCUUCUGAAGCGAAAGAACCCCUGAAAACGAUGGUUAUCAUGGGUUCAGGUGGUCAUACGACAGAAAUGUUACGAUUACUGAGUGGCAUGUCUAACAUGUACUCACCGAGAGUUUACAUCAUUGCGGAUACAGACAAGAUGAGUCAAGAAAAAGUUUUUAGAUUUGAACAAGAAAAGAAUUCUAAAGAAGGCAAAGAGAUACUGUGUAAUGGCCCUGGAACAUGUAUACCCUUAUGUGCUGCAGGUUUAACAAUGACAUUCCUUGGUCUUAAGAGAGUUUAUCUAAUCUACGUUGAAAGCAUCUGCAGAGUUCUAAGUUUAUCACUGUCAGGAAAGAUUUUAUACCAUCUUGCAGAUAAAAUGUUUGUCCAGUGGCCAGAGCUCCAGAAAAUGUAUCCCAAAACAUUGUACAUUGAUAGAAUAGUAUGAGCAAAUGAUGCUAGUUUAUAGGCAUAUACUCUUAAAAUAAUAAUGGAAAAUAAUACAGGAGGUUCUGUAUUGCUGUCUACUUUGGCAGCACUUGGCUCCAUGACAUAAUUUAUUGAUCAUCACUGUCAUCAGAACUGCACUCUUACACUUAAUCCCUGUCAAAUGAAUUAACAGAAGAGCCAUAUUUAGCUGACGUAUGUGUUGGUAUUAAAGGCACUCUCAAAUAUGCUUAUUUCUUAGCAGCAAAGUUACCUGAAAAGAGAAUUGCAAAAAAAGCUAAUUUACUCUAAAAUAAAACAUAAUAAAAAUAAAAAGUCAUAUGUAUAUUAUGAUA